AGAAGAUGCAUAGAGUUGUUCGUCAGAAACCGUUAGUCGAUACGCGUGCUCGUUGACGAUCAAGGCGCUCUGUUCUUGGCACACUUGAGUAUAAAAGAUAAGAAUAAGUACUCGCUAAGUUGAAGGGAAAACAUAAAACCAGUAGCUGGAACGGAAGAUUGGAGGACUUCUGUGGCGCCCGCGGACAUUAGGGCUCUCAGUUGACAUUUGCCAUUCUCCGGAAUCGCACAAAAUUGCUAACAAAUGGCGGAUGUGACGGAACGUUUGACAACCCCGGAUACCGUAGGAAGUACGGCUUCGACUGGAGGAUACUAUCCACAGACCACCAUUAGCCAUGGCCAAAGUGUGGAUGAAAUUAGUAAAUCCCUGCAACGGUUCAAUUGGCCCGAUUAUCUGGUCUUCGUGAUGAUGCUGCUAAUUUGUAUCUGCAUCGGAAUAUUCUACGGGUACCAGGAUCACAAAAAGCACAAAAAACGACAAACUGCUCGCAGGGAUUCGGAGGCUCUGGACUAUCUGGUAGGAGGACGGAAGAUGAAAAUAUUUCCGGUGGCAGUUUCUUUGGUGGCCAGUUGGAUCUCCGGAAUAUCGCUGCUGGGAACGUCAACGGAAAUUUACAUAUAUGGGACGCAGUACUGUUACAUCGUGUUUGCCAUUGUGAUGACAGGAAUAGCUAUGCACUAUAUUUUCCUGCCAGUUUUCCAUGAUCUGCAAAUCACUUCAGCAUACGAGUACCUCCAACUGCGUUUCGAUAAACGGAUGCGUCUGGUUGGAUCUCUUCUAUUCACAAUAGCUUCGAUAUUAUGGCUUCCGAUCGUUAUCUACGUACCGGCACUGGCUUUCAAUCAAGUGUCAGGAGUGAACAUUCACAUUAUAACUCCGAUUGUUUGUUUGGUCUGCAUUUUCUACACCAGUAUCGGAGGAUUGAAGGCGGUAGUAUGGACCGAUGUCAUUCAAACAGCAAUUAUGGUCGGAGCGAUGAUAAUAGUCAUGAUUAAGGGCACUAUGGAUGUUGGUGGAUUAGGCGUUUUGAUUGAGAGAAAUUCUGCAGGUCAACGCUUUGAAAAACCAGACUUCGAUUUGGAUCCAACUUCUCGGCAAACCUUCUGGAAUCUGUUCGUUGGUGGAACUUUCUUUUGGACAUCAACAAAUGCUAUCAAUCAGAACAUGAUUCAGAGAUAUCUUUCGUUGCCAACGCUGCGUGCCGCCAGGAAAGCUUUGAUCUGUUACUUGAUCGGAACCACGGUAGUUCUGUCCUUUUGCUGCUAUAACGGCCUCUUGAUCUAUGCCAUGUAUCACGAUUGUGAUCCUCUGAGCACUGGAUUGGCAAAGGCCAAGGACCAACUUGUACCACUUCUCGUGAUGGAAGUUUUAGCAAUGUAUCCAGGACUCGCCGGUUUGUUCGUUGCUGGUAUAUUCAGCGCUGCUUUAAGUUCACUAUCAACUGGACUCAAUGCGUUAUCUGCCAUCGUUUUGGAAGACUUUUGCAAACCAUUCGUCAAAAGACCCCUGACAGAAACACAAAUCAGAUACCUGAUGAGAUCAACGGUUUUAUUUUUCGGAGCUCUGGCCGUUCUUUUGGUAGUAGUUGUUGAAAAGAUGGGAGCUGUUCUUCAACUUUCUAUGAGUUUGGGACCUGUAACGUUGGGACCUUUGUUUGGUCUAUUUGUUAUGGGAAUGUUCUUCCCUAGGAUUGAUGGAACGAGCGCCAUAAUAGGAACGAUAGGAGGAUUAGCAACCAUGUCAUACAUUGUGAUACGUUCUCAAAUUUCUAUUGCAAUUGGUGAGAUUGUAUUCACCGAAAAGCCAGUCACGAUUGAAGGAUGUGCUUACGACUUUACGCGUCUGAACAAAACGUCUGCAUUCCCCAUAGACGGAUCCGAUUCUGGUACCGGAAAAUCUCUUCACCACGUGUCAUUUCUUUACUACUGUAUGAUCGGAUCGAUGGUACCAACUAUUAUCGGCUAUAUCAGCGCCGUAAUUUCCCGAUCGAUAGCCAUCAAUGACGAGAAAGAAAGAGACAUUGACCCUCUUCUGUUGGCACCGUUCCUCCGGAAAUAUUAUCAACCCAAAGACGUUAAAAACAUGAAGGAAGUGGUUCAUGAAUUUGAAACCAAAGACAUUCACUUUUCCAUCAGUAAGUUCAAUUUGUUUUUUCUUUUCUUUCAGUACCUACAGUUGCGCUUCGAUUCCCGGAUACGGAUGUUUGGAUCGGGUCUUUUCAUGAUGGCAUGUCUAUUGUGGAUGCCAAUUGUGAUUUAUGUUCCUGCUCUGGCGUUUAAUCAAGUUACUGGAAUCAAUAUACACACCAUUACUCCUGUCGUUUGUGUCAUAUGCAUUUUCUACACAAGUUUGGGUGGAAUGAAAGCAGUUGUAUGGACGGAUGUAGUUCAAUCGAGCAUAACCUUUGGGGCGCUAUUGGUGGUUCUGAUCAAAGGAAUUGUCAACGUUGGAGGUUUCUCGGUGAUCAUUGAACGAAAUCUGGCAACUGGUCGACUUGAACUGCCGAACUUCGAUCCGGAUCUGACCCUACGUCACACGGCCUGGACCAUGUGGAUCGGAGGAACUGUCUGGUACACCUAUGGAACCUCCUGCAGUCAGGAUAUGAUUCAACGUUACCUUUCGCUACCUUCGCUGGCUGCCGCAAGAGCUGCCUCCAGGUGGUUUACCUUUGGAAUGAUCCUGGUGCUCUCGCUAAUGUUCAGCAUGGGGAUGGUCAUUUUUGCAACGUAUCAUGAUUGCGAUCCAUUGACAACAAAUCUCGCCAAAGCGAAGGAUCAGCUAGUACCCUUAUUUGUAAUGGACACCUUCAGGGAAUAUCCUGGUGCUACGGGAGUGUUCGUCGCGGGAAUAUUCAGUGCAGCUCUCAGCUCCCUCUCAUCGGCGCUCAAUGCCCUGGCAGCUAUCUCGUUUGAAGACUUUUGUAAACCAUACUUUGGUAGCUCUCUUACCGAAAAACAAACCGGAUACAUACUGCGAGGAUCGGUCAUUCUCUUUGGGGUCGUUUCCGUUCUGCUGAUCUACAUAGUAGAACAUCUGGGCGCUGUGAUGCAACUGACAAUGACUCUCAGCUCAACUGCAGGCGGUCCCUUGUUUGGUUUGUUUUUGAUGGGUGUGUUGAUGCCUUGGGUGACCACUACUGGAGCUCUGACAGGAGGAAUUGCAGGACUGCUAUCCAUGUGUUACCUCUGUUUCCGAUCUCAAGCUGAUAUGGCGGCUGAAUUGAUCGUGUACAGCACAAAACAGGUCAAUAUCACAGGAUGCACCUAUGAAUAUGUAAAUUCCACAAGCCCAGAGGUCACCUUCGAGGAGAUGGAAAAAUCACUGCAUCAUAUUUCCUAUCUCUAUUUCACCUUGUUUGGAGCAUCGAUUUCUUGCUUGGUAGGUUCACUGGUAAGUUUAAUCAAAAGUGGAUCCACCAAGAAACACUUUGAACAGUUGGACCCACAACUGUUGGCGCCGUUUAUUAGGAAAUUUCUUCCGGAUCACACGAAAACGUACGGAGCUGUUUCUGUCAAUAGCGAUAAACCUACCCCCGAAAGUAUGCCUAGUAAUGAUCUCAAUCAACCUGAAUAAAUGGAUGUAGAAGAACUGUAUUAAAUAUAAAAUUUUUAGUUGUUGAGUUUUUUUCAAAAGAGGAAAGUAUUAAUACUAAAUUCAUAAAUUUUCAUGAUUACCUAGAUAUUUCAUUUUUUAUAUUUGGUAAGAUCGAUAAAUAAAUGUU